AUGCCGGUAGCGAGGCGAGAGACUUGCGAUGCAAGAGUGAUUGCACACGUAGACAUGGAUUGCUUCUAUGUUCAAGUGGAACAGAGAAAGCAACCAAGUUUGAGGGGGUUGCCCACUGCAGUCAUACAGUACAACUCCUAUAAAGGUGGGGCUCUCAUUGCUGUUAGCUACGAGGCUCGCAGAUGUGGCGUUAAACGUUCAAUGCGAGGUGACGAAGCCAAGGAGGCAUGCCCGCAAAUUCAACUGGUCCAAGUUCCUGUGGCACGUGGUAAGGCUGAUCUCAACUCAUAUAGGAACGCGGGUUCAGAGGUUGUUUCAGUUCUUUCACAUAAGGGUCUCUGUGAGAGGGCUUCAAUCGAUGAGGUAUAUCUUGAUCUAACUCAUGCUGCUGAAUCCAUGUUGAUGGAAACACCUCCAGAAUGCACGCAAGACUUUGAGGAAGAAGUUCUCAAGUCACAUGUUUUGGGACUGGAAAUUAAGGAUGGAAGUGAUGCCAAAGAAGAGGUUAGGAAGUGGCUUUGUAGGAGUGAUGCUAGGUACCAAGAUAAGCUAUUAGCUUGUGGGGCUAUCAUUGUUAGUGAACUCAGGAUGCAGGUGCUGAAAGAGACAGAAUUCACAUGCUCUGCUGGUAUUGCUCAUAAUAAGAUGCUGGCUAAACUUGCAAGUGCUAUGAACAAACCUGCACAACAAACUGUUGUGCCACACUCAUCUGUUGAACAGUUGCUUGCAUCUUUGCCUAUAAAGAAAAUGAAACACCUUGGGGGAAAGCUGGGGAGUUCCUUACAGAGUGAUCUUGGUGUCAGCACAGUUGGUGGUCUGCUUCAGUUUUCAGAGGAGCAGUUACAACAGUGGUAUGGGAUCAAUACUGGUACUUGGUUGUGGAAUAUUGCAAGAGGAGUCAAUGGGGAAGAAGUUGAAGGGAGACUACUUCCCAAGAGCCAUGGUUCUGGCAAGACAUUUCCCGGGCCUCAGGCUUUGAAGACAAUUGAUUCUGUUCAAUACUGGCUUAAUCAACUGUGUGAAGAGCUAAAUGAACGCCUUCACUCUGACCUUGAUCAAAACAAACGAAUUGCUCAGACACUGACGCUACAUGUUAGAGCAUAUAAGAUAGGUGAUUCAGAUUCACAUAGAAAGUUCCCAUCUAAAUCUUGUCCUUUAAGAUAUGGGUCUAGAAAGAUUCAAGAGGACGCCCUAAUUCUAUUUCAAGCUGGGUUGCGUGAUUUUUUGGGCUUCAAUACCUUUAAGGUUCAUGGAAACGAAAAUAACAACUGGGGAGUAACAUCGCUUUCUGUUUCUGCAAGUAAAAUUGUGUCCAUACCAUCUGGUACACAUUCAAUUGCUAAAUACUUUGGAGGGAAAGGGAAAUUUCCAUCCAGUUCUACAUCGAAUCAAUCAGUAGAUGUUGUAAUUAAUGAGACUGUACCAUCAUCAUCUUCAGGUAGUGAAAAUUGUACGGGAAUGGUUCCCUAUGAUUUACAGCUUCAAUAUCUUGAUGACACAGGAAUGAAGCAUUCGGAUGCUUGCUUGGAUCCACAGGAUCCAUUGAAUCAUUUAUCCAGCAAAGCAGAUGGCUUGACUGAAGAAUCCAUCCUCAUGUCACCCUCAGGAAGUGAAGACAGAAUGGCACACGGUGAGCCACGUAGAGUUUUACUUGCAAAAGAUCUCAGUCCCGUUUCAAAUAUCUCCAGUUUGAAAGCAGUUGGGAAGAAAAAGAGAGCAGCAGGAAAGAAGGAAAAUUGUUCAAUUAUAAAUAUCUUCAAUAAUUACCAUAAUUCCCAGUCUUCGUUGAAGCUGAAGGUUACCAAUGCCCACGAUGUUAAAAUAUCAUCAGCACUUGGAUCUAGUUCUGCUGAUGAUAGUUAUUCAACUUGUAAUGAAGAUAUUGAUACAAACAAGGGUGGAUGUAGUGUAGUGAUACCACAAGGGAGGGAAGCUUGGUGUAGUUAUCAUAUUGAUGAGAUUGACCCCUCUAUCAUUGAUGAAUUACCACCAGAAAUUCAGCAAGAGUUUCGAACCUGGCUUAGGCCGCAAAAGCGGCCUAGUGUGGCUAAACCAGGUUCUAGUAUUACUCACUAUUUCUUACCUGACAAAAGUAGGUAA